AUGGACACCAUCAAGAACGCCGGCAACUACGUCUCCGACAAGCUCCAGAGCACCACCCACAGUGCUUCCAAGGAGGCCAACAAGGAUGUCGCCAAGGACAACAACGCUGGCAUCGGCACUCGCCUCCAAGCCACCGGCGACGCCAUCUCAGACAAGACCAAGGAGUCGAAGCAUGAUGCUUCGGCCGAGGCCAACAAGCAGAAGGCUACCCACUAA